GCAGCCUUAACCGUAGAGUCGCAUGGUGCGAGGAGACUGGUGACGUUUCAGGUCAUGUCGACAGGGAUAGAGACAGGAGUUAUGGCGAUGACCAAGUCUACUGUAUCAGGUGGUCAGCUGUCCUCUGUGACGACGAGGAGUGCGGAUUCAGCCGACAACAUGCAGGUGCACGCCCCGGUUUGCCUGUCUGAUGGCAAAAACUUUUACAACAUCCAGGACUCGACUAUCACGGUGCAGGAAAAGAUCAGUGUUACGCCAAACUAUCCACUGCAGAACAUCAUAGAUUCUACAGAAAUGCUGAUAAGACGAGAGGAUUCUGACAAACACAUAUCAACCUAUGCAGAAAGGUCAGCUUUGAGGCAUUUGAAAAACACUGGAUGUGUAUUCAUCAAAGGAAGAAGCGGUACAGGGAAGUCUAGGGUUGCCCUCAGUCUUUUGUCACAGAUUGAAAAAGAGACAGAAAGAAAACCUUUGCUAUUAUCUUUUCCCCAACAGUGGAAAGACAUUCCGGUGGGGAAGUCCAAAGAGAAAUAUGUUGUGCUAAUUGACGAUAUAUUUGGCUCCUCCAAUCUGUUUCAAUCCCAGGUAGAUGAUUGGAGUAAGGUGCUGAAAAUCAUGAAUGCCAUAGUAGAGAGCGGCAACAUCUUCCUUGUCUUAACCUCGAGGCCAGAGAUCAGUGCCCAGUGUGAGAAGAAGAUGAAGACACACGAACUAUUCAAACGAAUCAAAUGCGUCACUCUGGAUGACGGCGAAUUCUCACUCAGGGUUUUUGAGAAACAGAAACUCCUGGAGAAAUACUUUGGGAUGAAGAUCAGGCUAUCUAAAAAAGAGAUGACAGAAAUUGCAGAAAUGAAAACAUCUCUUGGUUUUCCCCAAUGCUGUACAUUCUUUGCAUCUAACAAACUGCCUGCAUCAAAGGCAGUCAGCUUCUUCCGCAACCCUCAAGUCUGUCUGAAAGAAAGUCUUGACGUUUUGAAGGAAUGUGAGCCAUUGAGUUACUUUGUGUUAUUACUUGUGAUGAGUCAAAAAGGGUUUCUAGAGCACAAACUCUUGAAAUCGAGGAAAGACAGAAACUUCAGUGACCUUGUAGCAGAGUUGUCUACGUUCUGUGAUAUUCCCGCUCCUCCGGGGUUUGGCCAAAUAGCAAGUAAAGCUGUUACUCUGUCUGGCGUCUAUCUCCUUAACACAAAGAUUGGUUAUGAAUUCCAGCACCAGUCGAUAUAUGAUGCAGUUUUUCUUGACCUGGCUGAUGAGGAUCCAGAAAUGUGCAUCAAAAUUUGCCCUGCACAGAUGCUCGUUGAGCUGGUGAGGACCCAAAGUGCUGAGACUGAAGAAGAUGGUGUUGUGACUCGCUUGUCAGAAGAACACUACGAGAUCCUUGCUGACAGAAUUACAAACAUCCUUCUGUCGGAAGAUGGUAGCGAGAUCCUAAAUCACUCUUCAUUACACGACGAAGAAUUUCUACCAUAUCUGGAGACAAAACUGGAACAAGAUGUUUGCGAAGCCAUAGUUAAAAGAAAAACAACUUCCUCAAGCGUCACAUACUACCCUGACAUAACUAAUAUGCUUGAAGUUCAUAUUGUGUUUACUUAUACAUUUCUCCUUUCACAUAUGUUGAUGCAGCAAAGCACACUGGCCAAGUGCAUUCUGUUGAAAACUGCAAAUAUCCCAGACACUGUUCUAAAAGAGGUAAUGAGUUGUGCCAACUACCAAUGUCAAAACGAUAUCAUUGACAUACUGCUGGACAGAGGGGUUGUUCCUGAUGAGACAAAUGUAAGGGCACUUUCAGCCUCGCAGAGCGUUGAUGGACCAACAUCGACAAGAUUGCUUGAUUUGAUAUCAGCAGCAUCAGAGGCUUUCCAAGAUAGAAAAGAUAUGCUUUGCUUGGCAUCUCUCAAUGGCAAUGUGGACUUGGUCAAGAGAAUCAUAGACACAGCUGGGGAUGGAAGCCCCGACCUAUGCUACCGAUGUCUCAGGACUUUGUUCAGUGAAAUGAGAAGCAACAAGGAAUAUCACAAUCUUGAAUGGACGGAGAAGAGACGUCAAGGACAUGAGGAAAUAUUCCAGCUGCUGUUAUCUCACAUCCCAGAAAUGCAGAAAGUGUCUCAAUUAGUGUCUUAUUGUGCAGGACAUAUAUCACCAGUAGCUCUGAAGAUAGCACUUGACAAAUGCACAUUGGGUGAUGUGAAUAUCAAUGACUGGACGGAUUGUCUACAUACAGCAUGUUACAGAGGCGGUGGAGAGUGUGUCCGUGUCAUCCUUGAACAUAUUACCAUAACAGAAGGAAUCUAUGACAAUAUCGCAGACUGUAUAUGUUCAUCUGCAGCAUCAAACAUAGACAGUUGUUUGAAGACUCAGCUACUAUUGAAUUUCCUUGAUGACUUUUCGGAGAGCAUAGGGAGUGUUUCAUCACAGAGUCAAACACUCAAUAAACAAUUUGGAUUUAGAUAUACCCCACUGGGUAGCGCAUCAGAACACGGCAACAUCGACACUGUGAAGAUGUUAAUUAAGAAGGGUGCUGAUGUCAACAAAGAAGAUGGUCAGGGAUUUACUCCUCUUCACAGAGCUGUUGGGAGAGAUGGUACUCUAGGUUGUGUAACAGCUCUUCUUGAAGCUGGAGCCCUUGUAAACAAACGUACACCAGAUUCCAGACCACCGUUAUUAGAUGCUAGCCGGCUAGAUAUAGUUCAGAAGCUGGUAGCUGCUAAAUGUGACAUACAUGCAACAGAUGCAGAUGGCAGGUCAGCUGUGCACACAGCGGCCCUAUUCAACAACUUAGAUGUUCUUAAAUGUUUAUGCAACAAAGGAUGCAAUGUUGAUCAGUCAGAUGAGAGUGGAGUCACAGCAUUUCACGUUGCAGCAGAACAUGGGGACGCGGACAUUCUACAAUAUCUGCAUAAAAUAAAUGCAAAAGCAACAGUUGACUUGGAUGGAUGGUCAGUGCUUCACUACGCAUGCUGUUCUGAAAAUGGAAUGGAAAAGGUGCAGUUUUUAGUUGACACAAUGAAGGUCCCUAUUGAUACAAAAGACAGUGAUGGUAGAACAGCAUUGUAUCCAGCAGUACAGAGAGGUGAUGUGGAAGUGGUGGAGUUCCUUGUAGAAAGGGGGCUGAGUUUAAGGGACAGGGACAAUGAUGGGAACACGUAUCUUCAUGCAGUAUUCCGAAGGUACAACGACCACGAUAAGGUUGUGAAGUUCUUGUUCAAGGCCAACGUGGAUGCAGACCUUUGUGACAAUCAGGGACGCACCGCCCUGCAUCUUGCAUUAGAUUCAGGAUUCUGGACCCUAUGCGAGGACCAUGUGAUGACUUUGAUUGAUAGAACUUCCAAAAUCAAUCAGAGAGAUUUCGAAGGGAAGACACCAUUGCAUAUGGCAGCUUACUCUGGCAAUACAAAGUUUCUGAAGCGACUCCUAGACAAAGGAGCAGACAAGUCUAUAAAGGAUUUAGAUGGUUGUAAAGCCAUUGAUUUGGUGCCUGAAGAAGGGGAUGGCGAUUUGAAGGGUCUUUUGUCUACAUCUGAGUUACCGACGCGUCAAAUUGUAUAUAUCAGACCUGGUGUCUCUCCAGAAGACUAAGUUAUUUUGUACCGAGUGGUUGAAGCGGUCGCUAAUCAUGCCCAAAACAUUGGAUUGGAUUCACAACAUGUCAUAAUGGGCAAUCUUUUUCAAUUUAUCAGACAGACAGAAAUUUAUUCAAUAUUUAGGCCAUAUGACCUAUAGUACAGAAGUGUUUUGUUUUUUUGUAUCAACAUUGUACAGUCACGUGUAGGUAAUAAUAAGUUUACAUAAAAUAUUAACGUCUAAUUUCAAAAAUCUUCUUCAGAAAUUUUGACAAAGAUUAUAUUGUAUUAUCACUGCGGGAGUUCAACAAAUUUUUCAUCAGUUGUUCAUCUUUAUACAUAGUUGAAAUCAUAGGGAGGUAUCUAUUUCUAAGAAACUGAUAAUAUUUACAAAUGAGAAGUACAUGAAACUCAUCCUCAACAUAGCCUUCAUUACAAUAACGGCAUAAGCUACUUUCUUUAUCUUGUACAUUUUUCUUUCUGAGAUUAUUAACGGGUAGCCUUGUGGUUAAAGCGUUCGCUCGUCACGCUCGUCACGCUCGUCAAGACCCGAGUUCGCUUCCCGACAUGGGUACAAUGUGUGAAGCCCAUUUCUGGUGUCCCCCGCCGUGAUAUUGCUGGAAUAUUGCUAAGAGCGGCGUAAAACCAUACUCACUCACUCACUCAGUACAACGGUUAGACAAAGUGUAACGCGAAAUGUGGAGGUCUUAUGCAGCGUACCUUGUGAAUUUUGACAGCAACACAUGUGUUUAUCAGGUUUAUAUGCAACUGGGGAAAAGAAUUGUAAAAGAAAUAGGCACUGACAAAUUAUGUCAUUGACUAGAUAUUAUAAUUCAAUGUUCAUUAUGAAAGAAAUGGAAAUCACUGAAAUAUUUAAUAUGUUUUCAUAUUUAAUGGGGGAGGUGGUGUAUGUUGUAUAAAAAAAGAUUUUGUAGAUCAAUGGUGGCUGUUUUUGCAAAUUAGUACAAUUAUUAUAUUCCAAUAUGAUAAA